UUAUAUGCGAAUGACCUUAGCCCUACUCUCAAAGACAACGUCAGGUCACUGUAUGAACACGCAAUUUACGAAAAACAAUUGGAUUAAAAGAUGUCUUGGUAAUUUCUGCUGGUGGAAAGUUGCUUUCGAGCUCAAUUUAUGUGUUUUAAGUGCUAUUUGAUGUAGUUGACUACCUGCGUGUUAAAAUUCGACCUUCAUAGAUAGGUUAAAUAACACUUGCAUCUUACACACGUGCUUAACGUUUCACAUUCAGUCGUUACCGUCCAAAAGCCCAAGCAGUACAGUUCAGUCAGUUCAGUGUUAAUUUUAUCGGCCGGCGCUAUGGCUGGAAAAACUGCAACGGAAGAUCACCAAGAAAAUGGUCAAAAACACGAUGGCUCAUCAAAUAAAGUUACGCCGAAAGACUGCUGUAUGACGAACGGCGAUGGUCCUCACUUGGAUACUGGUUUAACCAACGGACACGGUAAUUUUGUUUUUGUUUGUAUAAUUAUAAACACAUCAUUAAAUUUAAAUUCAAUUUUAAAAAAGAGCAAAAAAGUUGGAGUUGCAAAAUCAAAAUCAUCUUUCCUUUUUAAUUUGAGGCUACGUGAGAUGCUAAUACUACUCGUUACCAUGCCCUAUUUAAUCAAACGACAUAGGAUAAGUAGACGAGAUUGUCACAGUCAUAGUCCAUUUGUCUGGAUAAAAUUAAAUAAAAGUUUAAUUAAUAGGGCCCAGGUCUUUUUAUUUUUGUUUAAAUUAUUAUUCAACCAAGUGAAUAAAGUUAAGGUCGCCAACCCCUAUACCCUCUGGCAUUUAAUUACACUACUGACUUUAGGAAAUCACUGUGACUGGUGUUUACAUAAGUGGGUUUGGCUUUCAUUUUCAAUCAGCUGUUAAAUGCAUCGGACCUCAUUUUGAUCAAUAUAAUGGCAUAUACAUAUUUUAUUUUCUGCCUAAAUGUACACAUUAAACAAAUCUGAAUAGUCUGAAAUCAAAAAUAAAUUAUAAAAACUGUAAAACCCAGCAUGUGAGCCAGGACUAACAAGAACUUAGCAUUUCUGUUGUAAUCUUUGUUUGACCUCAUUUGAAGGUUGUGGGGUCACUGUGUGACCUUUGGACUUUAAGAGCACAUGGAAAUUACUUCUAUGUAUUUGAUGUGGUUUCUUGAUAAACUUACACAGGUUCUUUUUAUAAGUCUAAUUAAAUAUACAGAUUUUAAAAGGCAUAAUUUAUUAUUUUAUAGAAUAUGGUCAGAAUAUGCUUGGUUGUGGAUUAAAAUUAAAGUAUUUAAAGUAGAUUGACUUUUCUUAUUACAUCUAUUGGCCUAAUAGGUACUUAACUAAAAAUUUCAAAGUUGUUAUAUAUUAAUGAAAUUUAUAUCAUUUGAAAGAACACAGUAUUUCCUUUUCAUUGAUACCAAGUUUAUUUUUCUAUAUUUAUUAGAAAAAAAGUUAUCGCAUUUUUAGUGUCAGAAUUUUUCCUUAGUGAAUAAUUUCCAAAAAUUUUGUGAUUUAAAAAGGGACAUCUUUGACAAUCAAAAUGCGUUAAAUUUUUAGACAUUUUAGUCAGCAAAUUUAAAGCUCUGAAAUUUGCAGCACACUUCAAUUAAGUAUUGGUCUUUAAUAAUAUAUCAUUGUGAUGCAAUUGCUACAAUAAAUAUAUUAAUGCACAGGAUUUGAACAACAGAGUGUAAAUAAAUCUCAUUAGAAAUGUUCUCAAUGCUCAAAAUGCCAUAACUUUUUACCUGUAAAGUUAAAGCUUUCUCAAAUUUUCAGCACAGUUUAAUUAGGUAUUAGGAUUUUAUGAUAGGCCAUUUUAAUAUUAAUAUUUUAACUUAUGUAUUAUUGAGUGGUAUUUGAAUGACAGAGGGUAAGUAAAUCUCUUUAAAAAAUUAGAUGUUUUCGACACUCAAAAUAUCAUAACUCUUUGACUUGUACAGUUAAAGCCUUCAAAUUUUCAGUUUUGAUUAGGUAGUGGGCUGUUAUAAUAAGCCAUUUUAAUAUUAAUAAACCAAUAAAUGAAUUAAGUCAGUGGCAUUUGAUCAAGAGAGAGUGAGUAAAUUUAAUUUUAAAAUUUAGCCUUUCAGCUUAAUGAGUUAAUCCAUACAAUCAUCUAGUGAAUUAAUAUCAAUACUGUGAAUAAUUCCACAGAAAAGAUUUAUAAAAUUAUGUAUAAGUUGCAUUUAAAAUAUGUUGAUCACAAAUUUUAAAUUCAAUCAUCCAGUCAAUGAAAUUGAUAAUCCAAGUAUCCAUGCUAUUAGAAAUCCACAGUACAAAUGUUGAUCACUUAACAUUAUAUUAGUAUACCAGGUAGUUCAAUGAACGGGUGAACAAAAGAGAUACAUUGUCUUUCAUAGAAAGAUGGUCAAAAGUAAUGUGUUGGCCGAGUCCAUGGCAAUCUUGAUCAAAUUUGUAACAGUUAUAGAUAUCAUUGGUAAUGUUCAGUUUAUGACACAGAUGAGUGGAGUCCUGAGUGUAUUGGUAAUGAAUGGCCUUCCGAAAAUGGUUUCCUUUGUGUCAAUCUUGUUGCUUCCACCCAUCAGGAUGAUAAAUUUGAGUCCUGAGUGUAUAAAUUGCCAAAUAAAUGCAGUUGAUGAAAAAUAUCAAUAGCUGUUAAGAUUAUGCUCUGGUACUGGUGGUCCAGAUUGUGGGGGAUUGUCCAGUUGGACAUGCAGUCAAACAUGAUAGGUUUUUGUUACAACAGGAAAGACUGGUAGUAUUUAAGUGAAUUUGUUCACACCAACACAUUUGGCAGUAGAGGCCAUAUUCCAGAGAAGUAUCUAGAAAAGUUUUAAAACACAAAAGAAGCAUUUUAACAUAAGUAACAAAAGAUACCUUCUAUAUUUAAUUUAUAUAUAUAUAUAUAUAUAUAUAUAUAUUUAAUUUAAUAUUGUGUAUUUCAGUGUGAUAAUUUUGUUAUAAAAUUAUUUAUUAAGACAAUGGAUGGUGAUUUUACUUAUGCUGUCUAGAUAUAUUGUGAUGUUUUCACAUUGUUGUCAUACGGAUUAAGUCAAGUAGUUUGUAUUACAUAGCCAUUAGGGAACAUUAUCGGAUAUAAAUUUAAUUAUAUAAAAAAAGUCUGCUAGUCUUGAUGAGUCCCCGUGACAGCUCGUGUAUCAACUGGAAUGGACAGGCAUGAAUCUUAGGUACUACUAGUACUAGAAGCACAACUCCUCCAAAAAGUGGUGGUGACAUGGCUUUAUAUUUAAAAUAAAUAAAAUGCAGAGACAUUUAAGAAAUGUUUACCCCAUAUUUCAUAUACAAACUUCUAGCUUUAAAAAUAAAGUUAUUCAAUGACCAGAAUGAAAGAUUGGACUAAGCUUAAAAAUUAAAAUAUAAUAGUAAUAGCUUUGAGCUAAAGCAGUAAAGUUUAGAGGCAAGAAAGGAAUGUACAUAUUUUUAAAUAGGAUAUACAAAAGGAAAAUGAAAAAAGAGAGAUAGGUUAUUUAGAAGACAAAGGUAAAUAAAAUAAUGAAACUUAAUCAAAAUAGAUGACGUUUAGUAACUGCAGAGCAGACUACUACUAUUCAUUGUUUACCAUAUCUAAUCUGAGUUUAAGAUAAAUUAUAUCAUUAAAGGCAUUAUUUAAUUCCCCAAAAAUAUAAUUCACGGUUGUGAAGUUUUAUAGUUAUUAUAAUUACAACAUAGAUUUAAAUUACAAGUUGAUAUAGAUAUAGUUUUGACAUGGUUAUCAUGGAUGUAAAUUUUAUUAUUUAAAAGAAAAUAAUAAUGAAAUUUCAUAAAAUAUUUAUAAAGUUGUUUUCAGUCAUGGAAUUAAAAAAAGUUUAAUAAAAAAAAUGAACUGGAUUGCUUUUAAAAAAAAAAGAUUUAUAAAUAUUUUAAAUUAUUCUUAUGUAAUAAGAAUAAUAAUUACAGAAUGGUUAUCACUUCCGGUUCAUUUGACCUAAUCGAUAACUGGUUACAAAUUAUGCUCAAAUUGAUGCCCUGUCUAUACAAUUUAAUUCGUAUCUAAAUGUCAUUAUGUUUCUUGUUUCAAUUAGUUAAAUGGUUCUUACUUACAAUACAAAAAGAAUUAAUUGGAAUACUGUUAUGGUUUCCGAAAUAUAAUGCUAGCAAACUUACCUGUUUUCCCAAUGAAAGAUAUCUGCUACAAGCGAUGUAAGUCUGGUUAAAAGGUUUCUGUUGUAAUGAUCGUCCUCCUCGUGUGCACAAAACAGACUAUAAUUAGUUAAUUGUCUCUCCCUUACGUAGAAAAGGGAAACUAAGCCCCCUGUGACCUACCGGCAUUGACCGUCAUCGGUUUAUGGUCUGGUUUCCGACAUCCAAAAAAAUAGAUUGCCGCUUAGUGAAGUACCUAUAAUUAAUCAAACUCAAAUACAAAUAAAAUAGGCCUUAGACCUAUCGACUAGACUAAAAAUUAUAAAUGGGCUAUAGGCAUAGAAGAGUCUUUAAUUUCAUUUUAUUUCACGAUUUAUAGACAUAAUUAGGGCUUUACUAAAAGCCAAGCCCACAGCAAGAAAUAAAACUAUCACACUCGACACUCUUAAGUGUUUUUUCCAAUUUAACUUUGUCCUAUUUGUUUCUCAGCAUAUUGCAAUAAAGCUUAUUGCAAUAUAAUAUAAAUGUUCUAAACAAAAUUCUUAAUUUCAUAGUCAUUUUUCAUUUCAUUAACAUUUUUAAAAAGCUGGACAUUACAAUGGUAUUGUUCAUUUCAUUACAAAAGAAUCAUUUGCUGUGCACUAACAAUUGUAAUGAAUGACAUUGGUAAUGGAAGUUAAUAUAACAAAGCAAGCUGGUAAUAAUUGUUCAUGGCGUUGAAGUCAUAUCUUUUUCACUCCCCAGUUACUCUCUCAGUGAAAUUGAAUAGAUACAUUUCUAAAGAUGUCUACAAUUGUUAGAUUAAUAAGACACGAACAAAUUGUGUCAAUAUAACAAUAUAAGUUACGCUUUAAUAAUAAUUAUACAUUAUACACAAGUAAAUGUUUCGGCGCAUGUCUUCAUGAGUACAAACAAAAAAAAUUUAAAUAAGUAUAAAUUAAAUUUACAUAAUGCAAAUAUACAUAUCCUUCCUAAAAAAGAAAGUAGGAGAGGACGCUAAAACCAGACCAAAAAAAAGAGAAAAAUUGUUACAGAGCUUCACCUUUGUACACUGUGUCUCUAUUUUAUUAUUUUACUUAAUUAACUUGUGGUUGUGCUUAGAUAAAAAAAAAAUUAUCUUUAAAAAGAAUACUUGACAUAAAAUUAUGCAUUUUCUCUUUUUAUUUUUGUUUCUUUGGACGGACAAUGCAGAUCCUUUUAUAUAUAUAUAUAAAACCACCCCAACCCUAGUUAGUAUAGGUUUAUAUAAAUAUUAUUAAAUAUGGACAGUUUAUGGCCUUGACACACGUGACAUUAAGUCAUAGCCUUACGUUUUAAAUUUUUUAAAUAGUUUUAAAGAACCUUUUAAAAAUGUGUCAGUCAUAAUUUUGGUCUGACCAUUUGUGGACAUUUAGAAUUAUUGUAAAUUUGUCACUGCUUGUUUGUAUGCAUAAUCAGAUUUUGAGUUGAAAUUCAGUUGUUCAGUUGCUUGCCUGAGAGAGAGAUUUACUCAACAAAAAGUCAUUUAAGGAGUUGGAUGGUUGAAGGAAUUACCACAUUUUUUUAUUUUAUGAAUAAAUUCACUUGUUAGCCAAUUUAUUAGGAUAAAAAUGUUUUAAAUUUGCAGUAUGCUUUACUAAGUACAAUAAUUUUAAUUUUUACUCUGCCUAUAGAAUAAAACCAUUGAAAGUGGACAAAUAGUUUAAUGUAAUUUGACAUCAAAUGAUAUAUAAUGUACCAUAAAAUGUUGUUUUUGCCAAAUCUAGAAAGCAUUUGCUAGUUAGUGGCAGUCACAGGGAUUAAUCAGCAUGGUGCAUUGAAGGAAACAGAUGGGGCUCUAAAUAAUCUAUAUUGAUUUCAGCAGUCUUUGCAUUCAUAGCAAUGAAAUUUUUAGAUCAGUGCAUUUUGAAUGGAACUUUUUACUGUUAAAAAAGUUCAAAAGGAGGAACCGAGUCUUUGAUUUAGUAUUAUAUUCAGUGCUGGUUAUUGAUUUUAUUACAAGUAUUUUUACUUACACAUUUCUCAAAGCUGGAAUGAUGAAAGACAUUAUUCUUGACCGUGAUACAUCUGAAGCUGAUAAAGAUAAGGAUUCAGAAAAAGAAGAAAAGAAAGAAGCUGAAGAUGAAGAAAAGGACAAGGAAGUUCUUCUUAUUCAAGAUAGUGGCUUUAACAUUCAGAUUGCGGCCCCAAACCUUGAACCUUUUGAGCUACCUGUAAGCAGCUUUAUCAUUUGGCAGUUUUAUUGCCACAUAUAAAUAAAAUAAAUAAAUGAUACAUAUUUUAUUUCAAGGAGUAUUUAGUUAAAAAAUUAAAUUAUUGCUGUCUGUUAAGAAAAGUUGUAUCAGCUUAACAGAAUCCUGGUCAUUAAAUUUUUGUAUUUAUGUUUUACAGGUGAGCUCCAUGGAAUUGGUACAAGAAAUCCAUCAAGUGUUAAUGGAUAGAGAGGACACUUGCCACCGGACAUGUUUCUCUCUUCAACUGGAAGGUGUCACCAUGGAUAACUUUUCAGAGCUGAAAUCUAUUGAGGGUCUAAAAGAGGGAUCUCUUGUCAAGGUUAUUGAAGGUACCAGCUUUCUAUCUUUAAGAAAAUACAACAGGGUGGACAGGUAUUUUAAAAUUCUGCUUGCAUUUUCUAAUGGUGAAAUAUAUCUGGUGCCCAAAAUUUGACUUAAACCUAGUUGCACAAGAAUUGAUUUAGAUUGUCAAUAGUAGAAAGGUUAUUUCAAGUUUCUAUAUAUACAUUGCUUUAGAUUGUCUAUGGUAGAAAAGUUCCAAUAUGUAUGUGAGGUGCCAAUAAGUUGAUCAUGAUGUCUUAAACUAUUUCCAGUCUACCAAUAGAUUUAAGAAUGGUUUUAGAAUACUAUGCAAAAGUCAAUCAAUAAAAUUGAACUAAUUUGUAGUUUGAUCUGUUUGUAUAUAUUGACCAUUUAUCUAUUUUGGUUGACUGUUUAGUGCUUAUCUUUCAGAGCCUUAUACUGUACGGGAAGCUAGAAUUCAUGUUCGCCAUGUACGUGAUCUUAUGAAGUCUGUUGACCCAGCAGAUGCUUAUAAUGGUGUUGACUGUGCAUCUUUAUCUUUCUUAAAUACUGUCACCCUUGGGGAUAUUCUGGGUAAUUUUUAAUUUAAAAAAAAAAAGUUUUGUUAUAUCAUUUAAAUAAUAAUGUUAUAACCAAGUUUUGUUAUAUCAUUUAAAUAACAAUUUUAUAACCAAGUUUUGUUAUAUCAUUUAAAUAACAAUUUUAUAACCAAGUUUUGUUAUAUCAUUUAAAUAACAAUUUUAUAACCAAGUUUUGUUAUAUCAUUUAAAUAACAAUUUUAUAACCAAACUCUUACAAUUAAUGAUGUCUUUUUUUAAAUUUGAAAAAGAAACUGUACUCGUUUCAUCAGUUAUAACCAAAAUAUGCAAACUCAUGCCUUACCUCUCUCCACAAUUUGACUUACAUUUAUUACUUGUUUGCUACAGAUAAAAAACGCAACAAGCCCGACUCUAUAGAUUGUACUCCUCCUGACGCCAUCAUUCCCAACUCUAAGGAGAGGCCACUCUUACCUCUGCAUCCGGGGAUAAAAGAUUCAAAGGUUCAUUGCUGUUUUGUCUUACUCAUUAUUCAUUCAUUUUCUUUAGGAUGAGUUUGAUAUUAUUGUGCUUCCUGAAUACCUUCCUAUACGAUGUCUUAAUGUAUCUUACAGUCAAAGAUUGCUAUGGACAUAGAACGGUCAGUCAAAGCAUUUUUUUAAAUUGAUUUUAUUCACUAUAGCUUUUCAAGGUUAUUCAAAACAAAAAGGAAAUAACUUGUUUGUUUUAUUACAAAAUAUGGUACGUUGUGUUGCAUACUUAACUUUUCUUUGAAAUGACAGGGUUCUCGUUGUUUAAAAGUGUUGACCUACAGUGGCUGGAAUCCACCUCCAGGCAACAGACGGAUGCAUGGUAAGUUUGCAGAUUUGCUUGUUCGGGGACAUGCUGAUUUUAGUUUGGAUUCAUCAUCAUCAUCAGUGGUGCUGCAGCCCCUGUAGGGCUCUGGCCUGCUCCACCACAUCCUUCCACUCGGAACGAUCCAUGGCUUUCCGCCUCCAUGCGCGAACCCCGAACUGGUGUAAAUCCUUCUCUAAAUCGUGGAUCCAUCUCAGCCAUGGGCGACCGUAGAUUUCUGCCUUAUUAUCACUUUUGCUGCUCUACAUUCCGGGAUCCUUUCAAUAUGUCCUGCCCAGCGUGGUCUGCCUUUUUUUGUUGUUGCAACUUGGUGGGUCUUUGUACAAUCGGUAAAGUUCUUGGUUUGGACGGAUUCUCCAGAUAUAAUUUUUCAUCUCUGAGCCGUAUUUUUUUCUGAGGGUUUUCCUCUUCCAUGUAUUGAGAAGGUUCUCUGCUUUUUUGCUAAGGGUCGUAGUCUCACUAUCGUAAGUUACUACUGGGCUUAUGAUGGUGGUGUAUAUUGUCUUCUUUGUUCCCCUUGAGAAGUUUUUGCUUCCCAGUAGCUUUUGCUGGCUGAAAUAGGAACGGUUGCCUGGUGUUAUCCUUUCUUUCACCUCCGACAUUAUCUCAUUGUGCUCAUUUAUAGUUGCCCCUAGAUAUUUGAAUGUGGCCACUCUCUCAAAUUUGUGGUUGUUUAUAUUGAUAUCAUCAGCAUGGGAUUUUGUCUUCAGUUCAUUUAUAUCAAGGCCAGCUUUGAAUGAGGCAUUUUCAAGUUCCCUGAAUGCUUUAAUGAUGUCAUUACUGUUUCUAUCCAGUAGUGCUAUAUCAUCUGCAUAUGCCAGGUACCACAAUGGCUGGAUUUAUAAGGUUCCUGAUGGUUGUUCAGUUUUACCUCUCUGGAAGUAGCUUGUUAUGGUUCCACUGGUGCUCACGUGUAUGCUUCUAAUAACUUUUUCUAGCAUGAUGUUAAACAGGAUACAUGAUAGUGAGUCUCCUUUUCUGAGGCCCCGAUUAACUGGGAACUGCCUUGAAUAUUUUCCCUGCACCUUGAUUCUACUUUUGGAGCUAGCCAUUGUCAUAGGUAUGAGCAGAGUAAGCUUGUUAGGGACUACAAGUGCUUGUAGAGAGUUGUAUUAGUAAUUCCUGUCUACGCUAUCGUAUGCUGUUUUGUAAUCCACAUAUAGUUGAUAUAUGUUUUUGUUAUAUUCGUUACAAUUCUCCAGGAGACAUCUUAUAAUAAAAUAUGAUCCGUGGUUGAGCUAUUCUGCCGGAAUCCACAUUGAUAGUCCACUAGGAUUUGUUCACUACACUUUUCCAGUUUUCUUGCUGUAAGUUUUGUGAGGAUUGUGUACAUGACAUUGAGAAGGGAGAUACCUCUAUAGUUUGAGCAGAUCAACUUAGAUCCUUUUUUUGUGAAUUGGGAUUAUGAGUGCUGUGUCCCAUUCAGUUGGCAUUUCUUCAUCCAGCCAGAUUCUGGAUUUGAGGUCGUGGAUUUGCAGAUGCAGUUCGUUACCACCAGUUCUGCAGAUAUAAGGUCUAUUCCUGGGUCUUUGUUAUUUUUCAUGGUGAAGAUUACAUCUUUUAUUUCAUUUAAUGUUGGUUGGUUGACCAGUGGGUCCGGUCCUCCUUAUGGUAGAGCGUAAUACUCAUUGGUUCCUCCACCUGAGCCAUUCAGUAAGCCUUUAAAGUGUUGUGCCCAUCGCUCUUGUACUCUACUGCUCUCUGUGAUCAAUUCUCCAUCCUAACGUUCACACAUGUGGGAUCUUGCUUGGAAGCUAUUCUUUCUUGUUUCCCUUUGCAGCAUCAUUAGCUGAGCAUUGUUUCUUUGUUCUAUAAGUUCUUAGCAUUCUGCGUCAUACCAUCCUGUUCUUUUCACUAUCGGUUUAAAUCCAAUCGUUUCCUCUGCUACACUUGCUUCAUCUGUUCCCAUUGCUCGUUUAUAUCAAUGUUGCUGGCUGAUUCCCUUUUGGAUAAGUCUCGUUGUGUUUCAAUCUUCUGUUGAUAUUCCCUCAGUAAUGUUUGGGUCUCUGCUUAAUUUCUGGCUGUUUUACUGUUCUUCUCUUUUAUUUUGUUCAUUGUGAAUGUUACAAAUUCUUUGUUUAUUUUUGAUUCUUACAAGUAUGUGCUCUGAGUCCAUGUCCGCCCCUCUACAACUUCAUACAUCUAAUAAUGUCCAAGCCAUGCCUCCGGUCAAUGAGUACUUUGGAUCCAGCUUUUAUGUUUUUAUAAACAAUUAACAAGAAGGGCUAUAAGUGAAAUUUUAUAACUUAGAGCAUGUGUGACUUUUCCCAUUUGCAUAUUUUAAAAAUAUUUUGUUUUUCCUAAGCCAAUGAAAUAAUUUUCAUUUAAGGUGAUUUGCUGUAUCUCCAUGUUGUAACAUUAGAAGACAAAAGAUACCACAUCACAGGUUGUACAAAAGGUUUCUAUCUCAACCAGUAAGUCAACCCUCAGUCAGUCAAUAAACCCAAAAGUCAGUUUUAUAUUCAAAGAUUAAUGGUGAAAGGUAGUGCCUGUGCCUACAUAAACUUGAAUUAGUUUGUAAUGGUGAUUUAUACCUUGAAAGAACAUAUGAGAUUUGCAAAUAGAUUUUCAAGAAAAUGACAAUACCAUGUGAAUUAAUUUGUGGUAUAGAUUAACCGACAGUUAAUGCUAUAUAUAUGCUCUAACUGUUUGUCCUUCCCACAGAUCCACAGAAGAUGACUUCAAUCCAAAAGCUGCCCAGCCUAAGUACUUGUCCCAUUCCCUGAUUGACUUGCUUAAUCAGGUAAUUUUGACCAAGAAAUAUUUAAAUAUUACCUUUAUAUUGGAAACUUCGAAAAAUGUUUUGUUGUUGUAAAUCAUGCUAACAAGUAUUUAUGUGAUUUAUCUAAUUAAUUUAAAACUUUUUACCGCCCUCAGAUAAGCCCGGCUUUCAAGCGUAAUUUUGCUAUGCUGCUGAAAAAGCGAGGUCAGAAGCAUCCUUUUGAAAGAGUGCCAACUCCUUACCAAGUUUAUGCAUGGAUGGCCCCACCUGCUGAUCACCAGGUGGACUACAUAAGGGCUGAAGAUGGUCAGUGCAUAGUAUUUUAAAAGGAGGAUACUCUAACCAUGGGAGCUAGAUUUGAACUAUUUGUAGUAUGUGCCACCAACAUUGUUCUCAUUUUGAGAUAAUGUAAUGUUAGUAGACUUCUUGAAGCUAAGUUCUGAGUAGGAUCAAUUUUUUUUUUGUAAUUUGAGUUUUCUUCCUUUUUUGUUUGGGAAUCAUUUCACACACAACUCACAAUGGUAUAAAAUUCACUUUCAUUUAAUUACCCUUUUUAAAACUCUUAAUUUUAAGCAAACAUUUGGCUUGGCCUAUUAUGUUUUAGUACACAGAAUAUUUUCUCUAUCGUUAUGUUUUAAUUGUUAUAGAUUAACAGAAGUAUUUUACUGAACUGAUUUUAUGUUGUUUAAAGCCUUCUCAACUCGCUUGGGCUAUGAGGAGCACAUUCCAGGACAAACAAGAGAUUGGAAUGAAGAGAUUCAAACCACCAGAGAACUCACAAAAGGAAAUUUGGCAGAAAGGCUUCUAAGGGAGAGAGCAAUAUUUAAGGUAGAAUUUUAAAUAGUUAAAAGAUGUGAUUUUUUUUUUUUUAAAUACCCAUCUAACAGAGGAAUUCAAUUUUUUUAAAUGAUAUGAUGUAAACUGCAUCAUGUUACAAAGUUAAAGAAUCUUAACAGGUUCUCAAGGUUGAAAUAAAUUAUUGCUAAUUUAACAGCUGUAAUUCAAUUACAGUUUACUUAAAAAUAAUUUAAUCCCAUAUAUCAGCAUGACAUAAUCUAAUCUUGUGAUAUCCUUGUUAAGGUUCAUAGUGACUUUGUGGCAGCUGCGACUAGAGGAGCUAUGGCUGUAAUAGAUGGCAAUGUCAUGGCAAUAAACCCAGGGGAAGAUGCCAAGUGAGUCAGUGUUGGAUUUGAUAUGUUAUCAUAUUUUUAGGAGAUUGCAUUUUUGUUAUUUUGAAAACAUAGUACCUACUACAAAAACACAUUUUAUCAGACUUUUUACAACUAGGAACUAGAUCUCAGUCUACUUUAUUUCAUUUGUUUCUAUUGAAGUAAGGAAUUACUUAUUUUUAUUAUUUCCUAAUUUUUUAGGAUGCAGAUGUUCAUAUGGAACAACAUCUUUUUUAGUCUGGGCUUUGAUGUAAAAGACCAUUAUAAAGACUUUGGUGGUGACGCUGCCGCUUAUGCAGCUCCUGUAAGCGAAUGAAUGAUUUAUUGAAAGCAGCAUUUUGCUAUAUAGCUUUCUCCCUAUCAAUGUUUCAAUAAUAUAUGUAAUCCUUACUGUAUAGCUGAACAUGUGAUUAACAAAUGAAUACAAGAGUUAAUUGAAUUUAUAACUAUUUCUUUUAAAAGAUGCUUGAGAAUUGUAUACAAAUUCAACAAGUUUUUUAAAAAUAAUCCCCAGGUGAAUGACCUUCAGGGCGUUAAAGCUUAUUUUAAUAUGGAUCCUGAUGGCCUGUACACGCUGGGAACAGUGGUUGUGGAUUACAGAGGUUACCGUAUCACAGCUCAGUCCAUUAUACCAGGUUUGUCAUUAGCCUCUUGCAUUCUUAGUCCAUUAUACCAGGUUUGUCAUUAGCCACUUCCAUUCUAAGUCAAUUAUACCAGGUUUGUCAUUAGCCACUUCCAUUCUAAGUCAAUUAUACCAGGUUUGUCAUUAUCCUCUUCCAUUCUAAGUCAAUUAUACCAGGUUUGUCAUUAGCCACUUCCAUUCUAAGUCAAUUGUACCAGGUUUGUCAUUAGCCACUUCCAUUCUAAGUCAAUUAUACCAGGUUUGUCAUUAGCCACUUCCAUUCUAAGUCAAUUAUACCAGGUUUGUCAUUAGCCUCUUCCAUUCUAAGUCAAUUAUACCAGGUUUGUCAUUACCCUCUUCCAUUCUAAGUCAAUUAUACCAGGUUUGUCAUUAGCCACUUCCAUUCUAAGUCAAUUAUACCAGGUUUGUCAUUAGCCACUUCCAUUCUAAGUCAAUUAUACCAGGUUUGUCAUUAGCCUCUUGCAUUCUUAGUCCAUUAUACCAGGUUUGUCAUUAGCCACUUCCAUUCUAAGUCAAUUAUACCAGGUUUGUCAAUAGCCACUUCCAUUCUAAGUCCAAACGUGUUGCAGAUGACAAGGGUUGUACUGAUGAGCAAUCUGGCAGAUUUAUCAGCCUCCCUGAUCAACCGAUACCAUGUAAUCGGCCCCCAGUUAAUUGUUAUGUAUUUUUGCAUGGAAAUACCAAUUGUAAUUUUAUGUUUUAGGGAAUUUUAUAUAGUAUCUAAUAAUGUAAGAUUAUUUGAAGUAGUACAAAGCUUUAAUUUAGGUUUAGUUUAGGUAAAACAAGGAAAGAAAGAAAAAAGUGUUUCUGAAGUAUAAGAGAGCACUACUCUGUCGCUCAAACCUUUGAACCGUGCAUCUAAACAGAGAAAUAAGCCUCUGAUCACAGCUAUGACAAGCAGAGCCUCAUCUCGAUAUCUACUUUGAAUCAACCAGUGACAUGGCUAGUAGUAUGCCAUGGAAGCACAAUGAUGGUGGGAGAGGUCAGACUAGGAUGGGGGGUCCCCCUGCAUAUACUAAAUAAGGUGUAUGUAUAAUGGGUAUUCUUCAUUUUUUGUGAGUGAGGGGUGGCUCAAGGGAACCAAACAUGAACUACUCCACUGCAUGUAGCAGUUUAAGUGUGAUCGCCCUGUUGCAUCACCUAGGUGUACCACUGUGUACUAGUAGCUAGGGUAAACUGUUGCUGCCAAGCUCUGCUACUGGCACUUAAGCUUGUGCAUUUAUUUCUAAUAUCUAUAGAAAUAAUAGACCAUAAUACACAAUGUUCUCUAAAUUUUAUAUAAAUACUUACCCCCAAAAUAAUAAUAUUUUAAAACUGAAUGAAUUUAAAAAUAUUUUUCAUUUGCUGCAGCUCAUGUUUCUACAUUUAGAGGGGUGGCAUUUUGGGUGAACUGCAGAUCUGUUUUCAUGGAAGUAGGGGCAUCAAAAUCUGUGCCUAAUGGCACUAACCCUAGCUCGUAUCAUUGUGUAAACGCAAACAGCGUCACAAGAAGAAAAAACAAUUACAUAUGCAGUUAAUAGGGAUGGGAACAUGAAUGAUAUCAAGCUUAUAGCCUUGAACAUACUCAAUAAAACAUCCUUACAUUAAAAGACAAUUUAUCCUAAAAUUGUUUAGGUCUCAAAUGUAAUAGUUUUAAUAAGCAGAUUAAUAAUCAGCUGAUUAAUUGGUCAGAAAAUGUCUUUGAAUUGACAAAGGGGCUGAUUAUCUGUUGGUUAAUUGAUACAGUCCUACCCAUUACUUUGUCUCUCCUUUGAACUGUGGAAUAAUCACACAUUAAAAUCAUGCAAUUUGGAAAAUCCUAUGUUUGAGAAAUAGUUGUGUCAUGUCAGUGUUUGCAUCCUCAGGAAUUCUAGAAAGAGAACAAGAACAAUCUGUGGUUUAUGGCUCAGUGGACUUUGGCAAAACUGUGGUAUCAAGUGAUAAAUACAGGGAGCUGGUGAGUAAAAGAUGUUGUUAUUAUUAUGGAGCUGAAAAAUGAACGUCUUCAUGAGAUAAGAAAUGAACAUUCUUGGUAAUAUAGAGUGGGUAAGAAAGAUGGAGCACACCUUUAACUCAAAUUAUGUCAUUACUGACAUUUAAUAUCCUAACCCUGGCUUGUUUGAUGCCAUUUAUCAAUAACUCAAACAAGAUUAUUUUAAGCUGCUUUUCAUAUUUUAUAAUAAUGAUGUCAUUGUGGCUACAAUAAAAUGUGUAAGCUUUGUUGUGAUUAGCUAUGAAUUGAAGCUGUUAAAAAUUUUUUUUUAAAUGUCCGUAUAUUCUCAGCUUCAGAAGACAGCUGCAGCGUUAAAGAUUAGACCACACAAGUAAGUGGAGAUAUUAACAUAAAUCUGGGAUGUAACCAGUUAUGUUACCUAAAAUUUAAGGAUGAACUGUUGUUAUGAGUUCUCUUAUAUUACUAUUUUAAAAUAUGUGAGAUUUAAAAAACUUUUCUUUCAGGGUGCUCAACCAUAAAGAUGAAAUUGUUGAAUUGUACUCAUCUGUAGAAUGCAAGGUGAGCAAAGAUUUUGGUUUGCACUACUGAGAUCGAUAUUUAAUUAAGUUUUUUAUAUAAUCUUAUGGAUUUACUAUAAAUAAUUCAACUAAUCUGUUGUAAAUAUUGUAUCUUUUAGGGUAUUGUAGGAAAUGACCAGAGACAUUACAUUCUGGACCUGUUGCGAACUUUCCCACCAGAUGCCAACUAUUUACUAGGUAAUUAAAAAUCUUAUUUGUUUUGACAGUGUUAACUGGUUUGGAUUUUAUUCAGAAAGUAAAAAGAGUGCAGAGUAUUAUUAUCUUUUGACCAUUGAAUUAGUUUAAAAAGCAUUUAAAUUUUUAAUGACAGUUUAAAUGAAAAUGAAGUUGCUUUGCUUAAAUCUGUCAGUUGAGGGGGAAGAGCUUUCUGAGCUCAUGAGGAACAAUGGCUACCCUAAGAAACACAGACACAAGUUGCCUUGUCUGAGACAAGAACUGAUAGAAGCAUUUACUGAGUAAGUUGAUAUAAUGAAAUUGAAGACCCUAGUGCUUAAACUAAAAAAUUUAUUGCCAUUAACUGGGUUGAGCUAAACAUACUGUAUAUAAAAAUAUUGAACUACUAAUAAAUAUGUACCCAACUCUAUUUUCCAAGAGGACACCGGCAGAAACAUUAUCACUCAGUUUGAAUUUUCAAAGUGGAAUAACUCACAAUGGAUAUUUUAUGACUUCAAUACUGGAGUACUUUUAGUCUUCAAUUUGUCAGUCCUUGGCCAAGAUUUGUUUAAUCAUAAUACAAAGUGCUGGUAGUUGUGAUUAUUUUUUAUUAAAUAUAAGUAAAUAUGCAGUUAGAUGGCGGUAAAAAACAGAAUUUAUUCCUCUUCCAGGAGCAGAUACCUGGCAUUUGUCAAACAUGCUGCACUUCACUUUCAAGCCUUACAUAAACAUCAAACAAAGAAUGAGGUAGGGUUUUAGUGUGUGUGUGGGGUGAGGGGGUUGUAGGUUAUCCAUUGAAGACAAUACAACACACAUGGAAUAUUUUACCAUGACAUCUGAAUGAAUAUGAAGUAUUAAUGUGCUGCUUUUAAGCAAACUAUUAAGCUUCCCCACCAUUUAAGCCCAUAGUCAAUGGGUCAACAGCUUAUAAACGUUAAAAAAAUGUAUUUCCUGGGGUUAGCUGAUAAAAAAAAAAAAAAAAAAGAUUCAAGCCAUAAUUGUGGGAGGAAAUAUCUAUUGGUUCUGCUUAAAAUAAAGAAAAAAAAAAAAAAUUUUUUUUUAAGAAAGAUUUUCUUGAAUAAUUAAAAGAUUUCAAACAGUUGAGAAAAAUAUUAGUAGUAGAAUCUUGUUCUGAAUUUACAGGAUAAAUCUGCUUUGACCAACGGCCAUGGUUGUGAUGAGAACAAAAAUGAGAUAGAUGAGGAUGAAAUCACAGAGGAAGCCAAGAAACUUGUGGAGACAAUGACAGGUCAAGAGGGCUUGCAGAAAACAGGUUUCACAUUUUUUUUUAAUGUUGAAGUUAAUAUCAUUUUAUUUUCCAAUGAGUUACUAUUUUUAGAGUAAAAAACUUUGACUAUGAUCAAUAAUUGUGUUGCUUACAGUUGAAGAUGACACAAGAGAAAUAGUAAGCAAAGCAGCCCAAGCAUCUGGGUCCAUGUCAGACACAGGUAAUAAAUAUUUUAACUGGGGCCACCCAUCAAUAUGCCCAAAAAUGCUAUUUUUCAAAACAAGUACCCCUCCCCCAAUUUAGAUAUGAAUUUUUAAAAAGUUUGAUGUAUUAUGACUGCCAUAAGAUUUUAACCUUAGCGUACAUAUGAUCUUGUCAUUUCUCAUUCACCAAACAUUGGACCACCACCCAUGCCAUAAGAUUUUAACCUUAGCGUACAUAUGGUCUUGUCAUUUCUCAUUCACCAAACAUUGGACCACCACCCAUGCCAUAAGAUUUUAACCUUAGCGUACAUAUGAUCUUGUCAUUUCUCAUUCACCAAACAUUGGACCACCACCCAUAUAUUGGGCCUUAUGUUUGGGAUUGUUAUGUACUGCUGUAAGUGUAGAGAAUUUAAUCUCUUAUUUUACUCUAUAACUCGUGUCAAACACCACAUAACAAUAUACGCUACCAUUAAAUAAAUACAUUAAUAAGGAACUAUACCCAAACUAGGGCUAAUUACAAAUAAUAAUUUAUUAAGUUGAUUUAAAUUUUACAAAAUCAAAAAGAAUUAGAACUAAGGCUAUUGUCUAACAGUACAGUAAGGGUAGCCGUCCAUGGCUUGACAUGUAAAUAGUUCUUGAAUGUGUGGAGUGAAUAUACAUUUGUUUUUUAAAAAUUUAAUGUAUGUAUGUUAAUUUUUAAGUCCAUGAUUAUGUUUGUAAAAUUGUAUGUACAGCGUGGUGAGCCAAGCCCUAGGCUGACGUACAGCGCUAUAUAAAACCACCACUAAUAAUAAUAAUAAUGAACUUUUACCGGUACAGCAUUGAAGAAGGUAUGCACACACACGCACAGAGUGACUAUUAGUAUACAAAUCUUUGUCUCGUAUCAUAAAAGCAAAACUCUCUUGUAAUAACUCAAUCUCUCUUGUCAUUAUAUAGAUAGGCGUAUUUAUAGCCUUUUAUAGACUUUUCCAGAAAUGGGUUCGCCAAUGUAUAAGUGCUGCCUGGACCCGUCUUGUACAUUGUAAAGGAUUCUAAUAAUACAGACUAUAGACUGUAUUUACUUGUAAUGAAGGUGAAUGGGGGACACUUUGUAAUGAAGCCCAACCCAUGGUGCUACCAAACGUGGUUAGGGUCAGCUUAAGUUCAUGCACGAGAAAAGAUGAUGUAAACCAGACGCCUAUAGAACAGAGAUAUUAGAGCAUACUUGAAAUGUAGGAAUGCUUGAAACAUCACAAAACUAAUGAAUGUCUUCUUUUUUUGUUUGUUAAAUGAGCAGAAUUCACCAUAUCUUUCAACCCAGAUGUCUUUCAACCUCAUGUUCGACAUGCAGAACCAGAUGUAAGUCAGUCUAAUGGUCAGCUGUUCCUUUAGUCUUUGUUCUGCCGUUUGCUGGUGGUUUAAGAGAUUGGAGAAGGGAAAAAAAAAUUAAAAUAAAGAUUUUUUUUAUUAAGCUGCUUAUGCUCACAUCCUAGGAGUCGGUAGCACAUAAUAAUCAUCACAUCUGGAAUAAUUAUUUUAUUUACGAAAGCCACAACCAUUACUAUGGCACCAAACCUCCAUAAUUGCAAGACAAAAUAUCCCAUUCAAAGAUAUAAACAUUCCACAGACACAUUAAAUGCUCAUUCUGAUUGGUCAAAUGUGGUGUCACUCAGCAGUAUUUCAUGUACAUUGCAACACAGUUAUCAAUAUUACUACAACUUGCUUUCAUACAGGUCAACUUUAGUGAUGAAACAAUACUCUUUACUUAUGUCCAUGCAUACAUAGACUUUGUAAUUGUAUGGUUAGAUUGAAUGUAAUGUAUUUCUUUCAUAAACAGAGUGAAGUCCAUAAAAAAGAGAAAGAAUUGGUGAAAAUGGCAUCCCAACACAUUGUUACAAGCCAAAUUCCUCUGAUGGUAAAAUUAAACCACUUCAGUUUAUCUAUGCUAAAAGUUUUAAGUUUAUCUUGGGUUUUUUUUUAAAAAAGAUACAAUUUUGAUGGAUAGAAAUCACAUUGCAAGUACUUCGCCUAUAUUCCAGGAAUGACAUGGAACUGAAAAAGAAUCAACAUUUCUCCUCCUCAUUCCCCCCACACUGAAUGUUUGAAACAAAAUUAAGUUCACCAAUUCAAGUUAAUACUUUAAAUAAAGAUAAGCACCAACUAGACCUUGAAAUCAGUAAAUUGUUUUAAUCACUACUUGUCCAUAUUAGUAUUUUUUCUGUUAUAAGAUGUUUACACAUACAAUGAAUUGUAUUAUAUUUGAAAUUCUAAUAAUCCCAAUGUCAUUUUAGAUUUAAUAUAGUUCUUUAUUGGAGAUUACUUUUUACCAUCACUUCCUUGCAAUUAUAAACCAAGUUAAAUCUUCCUUGUUAAUAUCAUUAUGAGUGUGCAACGAAAUAGUGAAUGUAUAGUUUAUUAUAAUCUUUGAGUUUAUAAAAAUAUAAACAACCGUCUUUGACCUUGUUAAUCAGUUCAAGUCCUCUUCUCCAGGUGAAUGAUUUCCUUGACCAUACAUCUUCACCUGUAGAUGGGAUAACGCUUACAGAGUCCAUGCAUGCCAGGUAGAUUGAUUCGACUGAUUCACUUGAUCAUUUGACAUGGACUAGAAACUGAAUGUUCACAUAACAUUGCCUAUGGCUCCUACACAGGGGUCCUCAAACUUUGGCCAGCAGGCCUGAUUCGGCCUCAUGGGUCCUUUAUGGGGCCAACCUGGCUGCCAUAUGAAUACCCAGGUAGAAGUUACAAAUAUGGAACUGAGUAUUGAUCAUCUCAUUAGCCAAAAGCAGGCCCAUACUGCCAAUUGAAAUACUAGUUUAUGAAGUAUAUUUGAUUGAAUUUUUUCUCUUUAACUUUGCAAUACAAAGAAACUGCUGUGCGCAUAGGAAUUUGUUCAUAUUUUUUGAACACUGAAGUCCUACCCCCAAUUGUGUAUGAGGGCCAGUCAACCAGACCUCGCUAUUCAUUAAGUUUGAGGACGCCUGCUCUAACAGAAUAGAAGUUACUUAACUCAUUGUGACUAAAUGCUUCCUUUGGGGGUUUUGUCUGAUGCGUCCCGGCGCAUAGCGACACACCUCUCUCAUUUCUAUUUAAAAAUAAUAAUGAAAUCUCGCAUCCCUCAAGACUUCCGGCAAUGGCGUGAUUUCAAUUUAAAAACCCGAAGUUUUUAUCUUAUUUCACUUUAAAACUGCAUGGUUUAGUACGGCAUGUCUAUAUGUAGCAUGUGUUUGUCAGAGGUGCCGAAAAUCGAUUUUUUGGCCAUUGUUAUUAUUUUUUCGUCACUGUUAUAUUUUUAUUACACCUUAUUAAUUUUUUGGUGUAUUUGUUCUUAAUUCAUUAACAUUAAAUAUUUAGCUGCUUAAAUAAAUAUUUUAAAAAUGUAAAUCUUAGGCAUAUAAAUUAAGUACGGAAAUAGCAUUGCUGUAAGGAAUGAGUUAAUGUCAUUAUUAUAUUAGUUGUAAGUAAAUUUAUGAAAUGUGUCUUUCCAGGGGUGUCAACAUUCGUUAUUUGGGGAAGAUUGCUGAAAAUCUUACAAAAUAUCCAACAUUGUCUUAUGUAUAUGUAAGUAGUUGAAUUCCCUCAUAAUUGUCUAAUAAUAAGUUAGAGGUGUAUAUUAAGUAAAAAUUGUUAUUGAACCUGUUCAACCAAUGAUUUGUUGGCUAUAUAGUUUCUGUUAAUGUACUCUUGUUUCCAGACUAUUGCCAUCAGUGAGUUGAUCAGUCGCUCCACCAAACACCUUUAUAACCACUAUAUGCAAGGUGUGGACAUGAUGAACACAGCAGCGGCCAUUAGUCAUUUUCUCAACUGUUUCCUUGGCUCCUACCCUAAUCCACAUGCUCAGGUCAUUGCCGAAGAGGUAGAUAUUAUUAUCAUAUUGUCUUUUUAUAACCUUAUUUAACGGUAUUGCUGUUUGUUGGUCCAUUUCAUAUUUUUUGUCUGCCUCUUCUCUUUCCCCUUACUUGUUUCCUUUUUAUCUGGAAGGAAACUUUAAAUUGGCAUUGUUGAAUGACAUUGAACAAUGGCAUUGCUGAAUGACAUUAAACUAACAUAUACUCAUUAUAAAGCCUAUUUAUUCAUAAGCUGACCCCCUCCCCAAGUUUUGGAUGGGAAUAGCUCCCCCAACAAUAUGCCAGUGUUAGCAAUAUGGUAACAAUUAAUAUCUUGAAUGAGAUUUUGCUGGUGCUAUAUAUGACUGAAUAGUUGUGUCAUUUACCUCCGGUAUGUUUGUUUUUAUGUUAUGUGUUAAACAAUGGUGUAAACGUGUUAAUUAAAAAUUGUUUAAAAAAUCAAAAUUGUAAAACAUGACAAUAAAACUUUAUUUCAAGAAGAAAAUAAAUCAUAUAAAUAAAAGUGCAGAUAAUAUUUAUAAGCUUCUGGUAGUGUCUGGUUGACUGGGACCUCUGGGAUAUACAAAUAAUAAUUUUAAAUUUACCUGGAGAAGAUUAUAAUAAUCUCCUAUGACAUACUUAUUAGUUGACCAUGCUUAUUCCCCUUAUAUAUUUUCACCCCCCAAAAGGCAGCUUUAGAACAAGUAUAAAUCCAGUAUGGCAUUGCUGAAUGAUUUUUUGUAAUAAGGCGUUGUUGAAUGACAUUGAACUAUGGCAUUGUGGAAUGAAAUUAAACUAUGGCAUUAUGGAAUGACAUUGAACUAUUGACUAUUGUAUUGCAGAGCAAAGCUUCAAAACGCAAAGGAAAGCGAAAAAAUAAACACAGUGUUGUCUUCAGCAUAGGUGGGUCUUAUUGUUAACUUUGUUGCUAUAAAAUUGGACUAACUAUAUAUCAUUUGAAAACUUUUAUAUUUUAUUUUAGAUCAUUUAUCAAUAAUUCUGAUUAUCAUACGGUAUAUAUCAAAUUGUUUUAAAAUGAUGUAAAUUUCUUUGUGCUAAAAUUCUUUACAGAAAACACAAAUGAAUGGUCCUCAGAAACACCCAAGACUUUGUGGAAGAAAAUUGUUGAUGAGGCAGAUGAAUACUUUGGAUAUACACUAGAAUGGUAAGUGACUGCCACUUAGCCUUCCAUCUGGACAUUUUUGAGAAUAUUUUUCCAUAUAAUUUUGCAUUAUAAUUUUGCUUGAAAGAUGUAGAUGAAAAAACCAGACUACAGAAUGUUAUAACACUGUUUCAGUGAUGGGAUUGAUAGUGCCUUAGAACAAUACAACUGCCAAAGAAUUGCGCUGCUCCGCUCUAUCUGUAUCAAAGUUGGAAUUCAGAUCCAGCUUCGGGAAUAUUCUUUGGAGAAUAGAAGUCGAGCCAUCUUUACAGAAGAUGAUAUCAUCAAUGUCUUUCCUAUUGUCAAACACAUCAGCCCAAGGGUAAGGAGAGUAUUUUAUUUUAAAAUUUAAUUAAGUGCAUGAUUGCCUUUGCAGACCUGUCUACCCGUAUGAGAGUGCCAUAGAAGCAUAUGACUACGGUACUAUGACGAGCUCAAAAAAACUAGGGUUGAGUAAAUAAAUGAUGAUUUUUCUAAGUUAGUUUCUUGUAACACCACGAACAAUCAAAUAAGAACAAUGAUUGGUGUUUGUGGUCUCGAUCAAAUCUGAAAUCUGCCAACCAGAAUUUUUUUCUUAUGGAGGAUGUGUUAAUUGUUGAUACCACAUGACGUUGACCAGCUGCAGCCAAUUAAUGGUGGACCAGGCCAGGGGCCUACAUGAUACUUAUGGUAUCCACCAUAAAGUUAGCUUGUAUUAUGAUGUAAGCUGUCUGCAGGUGGCGUAGUACUACUUGAAUGACAGACAUCUUUUCUUUAUAAUUAAGGCUAUUAGACUAUUGUGGUGAGACACACACACAUACAACAACAUGAGCGCAUGCGCUGCGCAACCCCCCCACCCCCCCCCCCCCCCCCCCCCCCCUAUUGCCACCAGCUGUAGCAAAGCUGACAAUAUAUCACUGAUGCUACCAGCUGUAAAUAAACUGACAACAUAUCAUUGAUUUCCACCGGCUAAUUGCUCCUGUGUAGCAAAACUGGCAACAUAACCCCCCAUUAUUUACUUAUCUAUUCAAUUUUAAAAGAUUUUUACUAAGGGACUGGUUGGAAUUUUUUAAAAUAGCAAAAUGAUCUCCUCUAGGCGACAGAUGCCUUCCACUUCUUCUCAAGUGGUCAGAACAAGAUUCAGCAAGGGCUCCUUAGAGAGGGUUAUGAACUUAUUAGUGAGGCUCUCAACCUACUCAAUAAUGUUUAUGGAGCAAUGCAUCCGGAGAUUGCUGCCUGCCUAAGAUUACUGGCCAGACUAAACUACAUUUUGGGAGAAUUCGGGGAGGUCAGUCAAACUACAUUUUUUAAUCCAACCUUUUAUAAUUGUGCCAGAGAAUUUAUAAGCACUUUUCUGUAAGUCAUGAAAUGUAUUGUCAAUCCAUAGUUUCAUUCUUGCUUUACAAUUUGCAUUGAUUUAGUCCAAGAUUCUGAGCAUUGCUCCAUAUUGAAAGAGUUUUCUCUACUUCCUCCAGGCUAUGUCCUACCAGCAGAGAGCUGUCUUUAUGAGUGAGAGAGUCUUGGGGCUAGAUCAUCCCAACACAAUCACAGAAUAUGUAAGGACAAAAUAGCGUCGAGUAAUAGUUUUUUUAUUAGUCAGUUCAAUCAUGUCUUAGCUGAAGCCAUGUAUAAUAUUGCUUCCGAUAUAAAAGAAAUUUUAAAAAAUCUUCAGGCUCAUCUUGCUUUGUACUGCUUUGCAAACAGUCAAGUCACAAGUGCCUUGCGAUUGAUGUACCGUGCCCGUUACCUAGCCAUCAUCUGCCAUGGAGAGAACCACCCCGAGGUUGCCCUAAUAGAUGUAAGACAAUAAAAUUAUACUAAGAUCACAGAUUUUCAUGGUAUUUAAUGAAGAAAUAACACAAUUAUUGCAUAACUUGAAAUACAAUAAAUACAUUUCUAAAAAAUCGCUCUAGUAAAUGCAUCAUUUAUCCUGAAUUUGCAGAGCAAUAUUGGGUUAAUACUUCAAGCUGUUGAAGAAUAUGAUUUCUCUCUCCGCUACCUUGAACACUCCCUGCAGCUAAAUAUAAAGUAAGUAUUCUUCAAUUGCCAUUCACAUUUCAUCCCCUCUACUUGUUACUUUUUCAUUACUCAAUGAGUUCUGGCAUUAAUUAUGGCGUGAACUGCUGCCAUAUCAUUUAGUAUCUUUGUUUUUUUUCAUUUGAAAGAUUUCUCAAUAAAUUUUGUUUAUAAAAAAAUGAACAUUUAUUUUAAUAUAUACAGUUGUAUUUUUGCUGCUAUAGAUUCCCCUCGAAUGAAUAGAUAUAGAGCUUAAAGUCAAUCUAGAUAUGGUGACACAGUAGGGAUGGUUCUUGUGGUACCAGUAGGAAAUGUCUUAGUCUCAGAGGAAAUUGUCAAUGCUUAAAGUUUAAAAGUUUUAAUCAGAAUAUUUACUGCCUUUGUUUCAAUUCAAUAUACUGAACAUAAAUAUGUAUAGUGUAACAAAAUGGUCUUUCCAUUGGUUUAAUUAUAAAAGAAAUGUCCAUUUGAAUGGAUGAUAUAUUUGAUUUGACAUCUAACAAUUCAGAUAUUUUGGAGCUGAGAGUCUUAAAACUGCUAUGACUUAUCACCUAGUUGCACGGACACAUUCAUGUCGGGGUGACUUCAGAUCAGCUUUACAGAGUGAGAAGGAAGCCUACACCAUUUACAAAAAUAAGGUAAUCACCGGAUGAUUUGUGUACAAGAACAAAAGUGUCUAUCAUAUUUGUAUUACCUGACUUGUUGACAUAUCGAUUUGUUGAAUUCUUCUAAUCUGUCACCAUAUUCUUGUGAUGUAAAGUCUUGACUAGGUCAUCCAUGUACAUUGCCCUUGGAUGUGUUUGUCCUUCUUUGAACAUUGUAAAAAUGUAAUUCAAAAUCUCUCUCCCUAAAAAAUAAUUGUAUGAAAGGUGUUUGCUUUCAUACUGCCCCAAACAUGCCAUCUAAGAGACAGCUUUUGACUUGUCUUGAAAGUAAGAGUCUUAAUAAUGGACUAAGAACACGCACACUUUAAAGCAAGGUUUUUUGAUCUGGAAGGAAAAGUGAUCAUUAAAGUAUAUUUUCACUUUGAAAAUGCUGAUGCAUUGGUACUUUGUAGGGGGUGUAAGAUUAAGUCCUAGUGGUGCAUUACAGCUGUUGGUAGCCAAGAUAUCCUCACGUAUUUCUACUCUGUGAUAAUGAAAGCCCUUCUUUAACUUGAUAUUUCCCUGUGUUUCUAACAGUUGGGUGAGAACCAUGAGCGCACCAAGGAAAGCUCCGAGUGCCUGGCUCACUUGACCAAACAGGCUGUAGUAGUGCAGAAGAAGAUGAAUGAGAUUUAUAAAGGAGAGGUCAACUCAACGUUGCCCCCAAUCCAGGUGAUUACUUCUCCAGAAAUGAUUCUAAAUGAUACUACUUGUAAGAACUGACCACAGCAUGAUUGAGUUUUCAAGGGGACAGUAUCUAAACAACAAGAAUAUUCCUUUAUUUAAUUUGUUUAGAUUUGAUAAAGGUUUUACAUGACAUCCCUUACUCUAUUAAUUUGUGAAAGUCCUUAGCUCCUAACAACACACCACACUGUAGUAGUGCAUUGGGCAGCAAGGGAUGCAUUGCCAGGUCUCUUGUAACAUGUUGUGGAAUAAUUCUUUCAGAUUCAGCCUCCAUCCCUGGCAGGUGUCUUGGAAACUUUAAAUGUCAUCAAUGGGAUUGUGUUUGUACAAAUAAGGUGGGUAGACAAUGGGAUUGUGCUUGUACAAAUGAGGUCGGUAGACAAUGGGAUUGUGUUUGUACAAAUAAGGUGGGUAGACAAUGGGAUUGUGCUUGUACAAAUGAGGUCGGUAGACAAUGGGAUUGUGCUUGUACAAAUGAGGUCGGUAGACAAUGGGAUUGUGCUUGUACAAAUGAGGUCGGUAGACAAUGGGAUUGUGUUUGUAAAAAUAAGGUGGGUAGACAAUGGGAUUAUGUUAGUACAAAUAAGGUCGGUAGACAAUGGGAUUGUGUAUGUACCAUAAAUGCGGUUGGUCAUUACAUUAUGUUAGUACUAUAAAGGUGUGUGGUCAGUUGUGUUUGUACUAUUAAGGUGUGUGGUCUGUUUUAUUAUGUUUGUACUUUAAAGGUGUGUGGUCUGUUGUAUUUGUACUAUUAAGGUGUGUGGUCAGUUGUGUUGGUACUAUAAAGAUGUGUGGUCAGUUGUAUUGUGUUUGUUCUAUUAAGGUGUGUGUGGUCAGUGGGAUUAUUUGUGUACUAUUAGAUGGGUUUGAUCACUAAAUGGUACAUACUAUUCUAUUAACAUAAAGCUUUGUUUAAAUGUAGGUGUAAGCUUGUAUUCAAAAAUGUUCUUCUACAGUCCUGAUGAACUGGAAAAGUUCAAGCAAGAGAUGACUCGCCAUCAACCUGUUGACCAAAAUGAAGAAGAGAAAUUGAAUGGCGAACUUCUUGAACAUGAACAUGCCGGCGAUGGAGACAAUCAAAGUGUCAACACCACUUCCUCCCAGUCGGUCAGUGUUGACGGGAUUGCCCUAGCAUAAAUCUCAUCAACAAUCACGUCUUGAAAUCAUGAGCACCGUGGGGAUUGAUUAAGAGGGACAUGCCACAUAUUGAUAGUUCCUCCUAUCAAUGACUGACUUGGUGAUGGUCAUUCUCUUGAUUACAGUCUUUGAGCUUCAAUGUUCCUAGUUUGUUUGACCAAUGGGGCUUUGUUUAGCUUCUCCAUGGUAACACCUUGGCUCAAAGCACAAAAGUUAUUUAAAUUCACGUAAGCAGAUCUUGUUAUAUUAUUCAUUAAGAUGACUUUGGACUGUAUUCUCUUGCCUUAUAUUUGGUAAGGCCUUAUAAGAACAUUUAGUUUACCAGUACAUAAUUAAUUUUUUUCAUAAUCUCGGUUUCUUUUUUAUAUGAAAAUGAUUCAGUAAUUAUUUUGAUACAGUAAUUAUUUUCAUACUUUUCAGUAUUUUGGAACUCUUGGGUACAUUUCAAUCUGUUUAGAUGACAUCGAAAUUUAACAUUACCAUAAAAAGAUUGUCUCUUGUUCCAAAACUUCAGUCUAUAUAAACAAAUUUACUGUGCAUUUUGAUCCAGGAGCUUGCCAUUGUAGCACAUAAAGCUAACUCUAAAUCCUUAAACAUUUGUGUACAUUGCCAUUGUGUUUGAAUUUCAAAUAGAUUAGAUCAUUCCAUAGCACUAGUUCAUUUCUUUGAUUGCCUUUUUUGUACAUAUUCAUUUUGAUAUUAUCUUCAGUUUUCUUGAUUAGCUCACCUGUCUCUCUCUCUUCAGGAAGUAGGAAAGGGUGGCUUUCUUUGUUUUGUUUUUUUAAACCAUGGACAAUGACAUUUACAAUUAUUGAAUUGUAAUUGAAUUUACACAUUUUAACUUGUGUAUAGGCUAAUAUGGCCUUUACACUUGUUGAGGUGAAUGGACUAGUUCACUUGUUGAGGUGAAUGGACUAGUUCACUUGUUGAGGUGAAUGGACUAGUUCACUUGUUGAGGUGAAUGGACUAGUUCAAGUGCAUUUUCCAUUGGUUUCAAAGUAGAUGUGUUUAUUAACCUUUUUUUUGGAUUGCCUUUGAGCAAAUGUCUGCCAUCUUUUGUUAUAAGUGCUCUAAAGAGAGGUAACUGUACUGUAAUUGCUAGUGACUAGUUAGGCUACAGGAUACUUGUUGACUUACUGUUCUUAUAAUUAAGUUGAUUUAACUAAUUCAUUUACUUUCAGUGGUUGUUUUAUGAUUCAUAUUAUCAUUUUUCUCAUAAUUUGGAUUUUGAAAGUUUGUAUAAAAGUAGGCUAUCGUUUCCUCUGACUUGUGACAAUAUCAUCUCAUUAAAGUUGAUCACCUCCUACAUUGCUUGGACUGCCUCUAAGCUACAUGUACAUGAACUGGCUCUAGCAGAUAUCCUUGGUCUUUGGGUUACAGGGCACAUAAAUUUCUGAAUGUUUUGACAUUCCACUCCACUAGCAUGAACACACAAAUGGCUGUUAUUAAAAAUAAUUAAAUGACUGUUAUGCUGGACUUUUGUGCAGAGUGAAUUGAUGUUCUCUCACUCAGCAUUUCUAUCACUUUGUUUGCUCAAUGCAUUCUUUAAAAACAAGUUUAAUUUGAAAAGUCUUCCUUAAAAAAAAAUGGUACAUAAGUUAAUAUAAGUUGAACUCUUCAUGACCUAUCCAUGGAACAGUUUUAUUGCCAUGAAGGGGAAACAUGAUGUUAAACAGGGAUCAAAUGCCAAAUCUAAUAUAUUACCAUCUUUUCUUGUAUACCAAUAUAACACUGCAGUUUUUUAAAUCAUCAUAUGAACUCAUUCCCGAUGGUUGCAACUAAAUGCGUCCUCUGGGGGUUCCUCCUGAUACUUCCCGGCGCAUAGCGACACACCUCUCUUAUUUUUAGUUAAAAAGUUAAAAAUAGCUAUGAAAUCUCGCGUCCCUCGAGUCUUCCGGCUAUGGCGUGAUUUUAAUUUAGAAACCGGAAGUUUUUAUCUUGUUUCACUUUAAAACUACGUGUGCUUUAGUACGGCACGUCUAUGUAGCAUGUGUUCGUCCGAGGUGCUGAAAAUCGAUUUUUUGGCCAUUGUUCGUUAUUUUGUCCCCGCUAAUGUUAUAUUUAUAUUAAACCUUAUUCAUUUUUGUUGCAUUUGUUCUUAAUUCAUUAAAAUUAAAUAUUAAGCAACUUCAAAAAAUAUUUUUUAAAUGUAUAUCAAUUUCAAAACUGAGUUGCUUCCCUUUUCUCAGGAAAAUAAAUUAAGUCCGGAAGUAGCACUGCCGAAGGGAAUGAGUUAAGUAAUAUUCAGAAUUGUAACACACUACAUGGUUUAUGUAGCUAUGGGUUUCCAUAUUAUAGAAUGACUUCUGGAAUUGUUAUAGUAGACCGAUUGUUAGUAUAUUGCAUUAGAGAAUUAGAACAGAUUGAUUUUGCAGGAAACUCACUGUUAGUCAAGUCAUUAGUAAUUACAAAAUCACUAGUUUAGUUAAAGAUGAAACCACAGUUCUAAAAGGUUUGCCAUGAAUCAUUUUAUUUUUGUUGAAAUAUUCUAUGUAUGUGAAGUCAUAAUUGAAAGCACAAAUGUUUAGUAUUUUACAGAAGUCCAUUAAAUUAAUCAUAUUUUCAUUUUAUAGUACAAUUGAAAAUGUUUAUUCAAACACAUUUGUUCGCUUUUUGUAGCAUUACUUUUGGCACUUUUGCUGAAAAUAUUUGAAAUCAUUCAAAUAAGGAGACUUUUUUUAAGGGAAUUUAAUUUGUGAAAUAAUGACAUAUUUCAAGAUUUCAUAUAAUUGGUCUUGAUACAACCAUGAUUAGUUUUGUUAGAUUCAGAUCUGUACCACUGUGACCUGUUUAGAAUGGGAUUGGUGUACCACUGUGACAUGGUUAGAAAGGGUUCGCUGUACCACUGUGACAUGUUUAGAAAGGGUUCACUUUAUCAAUGUGACAUGUUUAGAAAGGGUUCAUUUUAUCACUGUGACAUGCUUAGAAUGGGUUCACUUUACCACUGUGACAUUUUUAGAAUGGGAUCUCUGUACUAAUGUGGGAUGUUGAAAUGUGUUCACUCUGCUAUCAUGGUAUUUAGAUUUUGUUAUACAUAAAAAUUCAUUAAAUUAUCCCUAGUUAUCUUGAUUGCUAUUUCAUUUUGUUGAUCUUUUAUUUUUAUAACAUCACAUCCAAGAUAGGAUAUUCAAUCGAAAAAAUCAUUUGUAAUUUUUAAUUUCAUUCAUUUGCUUAAAUUCAUUUACCAGAUGUUAUACAAAAUUUAGUUCACAGUACAGAGUCUCACAUAAAUGAUGUGUGCUAAGAUAUGUUGUAUAUAUAUAACUCUUAGGUUUAGCUCUCGAGUGUGACACAGUAGUGGUGAGUUCAGUGGUAGUGCAUGCUCUGUAUGUCAGAACAUCUGGUUCCCUGGCCAAUUUUGUAAUUAAAGAGUUUCAGAACUGGUUGGCUUUGAGUUCAGUCAUUUUAGCAGUGUUGUGUAUAUUUUGUACUAGAUUGAUAUUUGAAGACAGCAGACCUGUUUACCCCCAAACUCUUAAAAUCGUACAAUAUCAUCACAAAAUUGUUUCAAUACCUCAUAUUUAUAGGAAAAAAUAAACAUACAGUAAAUAUAAUUUAUACACCUCAAAAUCGGACAUUGUUCGCCAAAAUCGUAAGGGUAAACAGGUCUGAGACAGUAUUCAAUAGUAACCUUGGCUUACAUUUUAGGUACACAAGGAAGUCACUUUAUUAUUAACCAACUUUCAAAAAGAUUUUAGGUUCUGAUUUUUAUUUUUUUUAAACAAAUGAAAAUACAUUAAUGAAUA